CCUUUCUCCCCCACCCCACUAACAAUAAUUGUACCUGCCAAGUACGUCUCUCUGUACCUCUCAACUAUCCCUUCUUUCUUCAAACUCCCAUAACACCCAUCUAUAUAAACACCAACCCCCACACUCUUUCUCCCUCAACUUCUCCACACGCACUUGUCUCGUUUCUCCAUUAUUACCCUUUUCUCCCCCUUCCCCUCCCAAUCAACACGAAAAAUGAAGAAACUUAUUCGACGUUUAUCCCGUGUAGCUGAUUCUUCCUCUAACUACUCCUUGCUCCGUUCCGAAUCCCGGUCCUCGUCUCGUCCCCGUCGGCUACAAUCCUUCCGUACUGGAAAGUUCAGAUCCGGCACCGGAGUUCCUGAAGGACACCUCCCUGUUUACGUCGGUGAUGAGAUGGAGAGAUUUAUUGUUAGUGCUGAACUUCUCAAUCAUCCAAUCUUCGUUGAACUCCUAAAUAAGUCGGCUCAAGAGUAUGGUUAUGAGCAGAGAGGUGUUCUUCGUAUCCCCUGCCAUGUACUCAUCUUCGAACGAGUACUCGAAGCUCUUCGGAUCGGCGAUGACCUUCAGGAUCUUCUCAGUGCUCUCUCCGAUGACUUGCUUUAGCGCUAGCUGUGUCUAAGAUUUUUCUUCUGCCUUUUUUUUUUUGCUCUGCUUUUUUUCGUCGUUGCUACGAAACAGUGGAAUUUGCGGUUAGGUAGAGCAGAUCUCGAUCGAAGAUACUAUUAGUUACUAGAGCGAGCGUGUUUUCUCUGUUUUUCCCCUUUCUGAGUCGUGUAAAUAUUCUGUGAUCGAUGGAAAAGGUGGAGGAGGAUUUCAGCAAAAGUAGAAACACGAAAAUGUGAUUCACAUAUACUACUUCUUACUGUACAUUUUUAAAAUAUUUUUACGUUUCAAUUUUGUUAUGGUAUUUAUCAAUUGCAAUUCAUCUUCCAUAUUAAAUUUGAAAACGCCUCAAUGGCGAUUUGUAGCAGGUGGGGACCUUUCUGUAA